AUGGAGAAUCCGUCACAGAAACCGGUUGACCGUCAGCGGUGUAUCAACGCUCUACCGGUGUUUAUGGGCCGGAUUCUCAAGGGCAUCUUUGAUUGGACAGGGCUCCAUGGGACAGUGACCUUCACCGGCCCAAUUCCCAAGUACAACGGCGAACUUCAGACAGUCAGUGUCGCAUUCGGCCGAACAAUCGACACCGGUUUGCAUAUCAACAACUGGGCCGGAGCACGAUGGGAUACCCAGUGGCUGAGCCUGGUGCACAAGUACAUGAAUGAUGCAUUCAGUGCGUAUCGGACUCAAAGAUGUGGUGCCAAUCAAACGCUAGACGACGCACUGUUUGCCUUCGACCCAGACGUGGAGAUCGCCAUGAAGGAGGGCCUGUCAGAUCAUGACAACGACAAUUCAGACUCGGACUCCGACACUGACUCCAACGCGGACUCGGGUGAUGAAGCACCCGUGAAGAACAAGCGGAAGCGGGCUGAUUCCAUCCUAGUGGCGGAACCUGCUUCCACCAGCCGGAAGCCGUCUACGAAGAAGCGAAAGUCGACCGCUGCACCUGCUGCACCCGCAGACAUACCAGCAUCCAGUUCAGUGUCAAGUGCCCCGGUACCAUCGCCUGGCAUGGCGGGAUCGAGGGCGUCUGCCCCCGUGCCUCUAUCCCGACUUACGCCUCCCGCACCUGACUCUCCACCUCCUGCCCCUGACUCUCCGCCUCCCACACCUGAUUCUCCGCCUCCCGCACCUGACUCUCCACCUCCUGCCCCCGACUCUCCGCCUCCCACACCUGAUUCUCCGCCUCCCGCACCUGAUUCUCCGCCUCCCGCACCUGACUCUCUACCUCCUGCACCUGAUUCUCAUCCGCCUCCUGCACCUGACUCUCCGCCUCCCGCACCGGACUCGGCAUCGCAACUCGUUUCACCCCCACGCGACUCAGCAUCCUGA